UGGAGUUUGUAAUUUGUUUGACAGCGAGGUGGGGAGCCCGCGAGGGAUGACGAAAAUUACGCGAGAAUAAAACACAUCGUCUCUAGGGCUUUCACUUCAAACAAAAUGAAACACGCGCCCGUCGGCGGCCCCUUCGAGCACACGCCCGCCAUCUGCCCAGCGAAACGCCAGCACACACACCACUCCUGCUUCCACUGACGUUACCGACACCGGAAAAUAUCGAAAUACAAAGUAGUGAUCUUGUGAUUUUGGAAUAUUACACGCAUUUAAUCGUAAUAUAAUAUUGGUAAAUAAACCAUGGCGGGACACCUCCUGAAGAGCCUGGUGGUGCUGUGCAGCGUGGCCGGCAUGUGCCGCAGCGGGACGGCCGCGGACAACGACAACUCCCUUACCACUCCGGAGUACAUCCUGCCGUGCAGCCGCAGCGACCCGCAGCUGGACUCGUGCGUGAAGCGGUCGUUCAACCACCUGCGGCCGUACCUGGCGCGCGGGCUGCCCGAGCUGGGCGUGCCGGCCGUGGAACCGCUGCGCAUCGACCGGCUGGUGAUGUCCAACGACGCGGGACCCGUGCGCGUCACCGCCGCCUUCACCAACAUCACCGUACUCGGCCCCAGCAACUACACCGUCACUAAGAUAAGAUCGGACCUGAGCAAGCUGCGCAUCGACAUGGGUCUGGUGCUCCCGCGCAUCGAGAUCACGGGCCGCUACGAGGUGUCGGGCCAGGUGCUGCUGUUCCCCGUACGCUCCCAAGGAGACUUCUGGGCUGCAUUCAUCGAUGUGGCCGCCAUCGCAAAGGUGUUCGGCAAGGAGGUGGAGCGCGACAACGUCAAGUACAUGGCGGCCGACCGGCUCCUGGUCGACUUCAAGCUGCGGAACUCGAGGUUCAAAGUGCGGGACACGGUCAAUUAUGGAAGCGUCAUUGGCGAAGCAAUGAACCAGUUUCUGAACAACAACGCGGCUGAGAUCAUCGAGGAGAUGCGGCCGGCCGCGAGCGUGUCCAUCGCCAAGCACUUCCAGGCCUUCCUCAACGCCGCCUUCACCAAGGUGCCCAUCGACGUUUGGCUCAAACCUUAAUGGCCGACACAAACAUGUCAAUAGAACGACA